CAAGGCUACCUGCCGAACACGGUCGCGAACAAAAAUUCCAGCCAUUCUCAGCUCAGCCUUAGGUUAAUCCAGUCUCGCGAUAGACACGCCCUUUUCGCCUGCGCCUUUGCCUGCGAACACUAUCCAAUUUUGCGCGCCCAUCCCUCCGCUUUUGAGCACUCAUCUCCGGUCUUCGCAGCUGAUCUUUAUAUUUGGUUCUGACAGCCCCAGGUUUCUUGUCAUUUUUCCUUGUUCCCUCUGGCUCGCGCCUCGGAUUGUCAAACGUCCCCAAUCGCCAACCAGGCAGCGAUCGCCACGAUGAGUAACAGCAUGCGGGACCUCAUUGACGGCGAGGCCGAGCUCGACGACGAGGAAGACGACGAGUCCUUUGAUGGUGAGGGAGGCGACCGCGCCUCCAAGCGACCUCCCCAGGUGGACGACUCUAGCGAGGAGGAAGACGACGAUGAUGAGGAGGAGGCCCGAAGGAUUCGCGAAAACUUCAUUGUAGAUGAAGAAGAAGAGGAGGAGGACGCCGAGGAUGAUGAGGCCGAGCGUAAACGCCGGCGCAAACGGCGACGGGCUGAGCGCGAGGAGGAGGCUCAACUGGAUGACGAGGAUCUUGAUCUGAUCGGGGAAUCGCGCCCCGAUUGGGAACGAAAACCUGAAUCACAGCCAAAGUUCAAACGCCUGAAGCAGGGCCACCGCGAGGACGAUGCGCGAGCCGAUAACCGACGCGACCUGACCCAGAUCUUCUCCGACGAUGAGGAUGAACAGGAAGACCGACACUUCAACCGCCCUAGUCGUCACGGACCGGCGGACGAAUUCGACGAUUUCAUCGAGGACGACUACCCCGAAGAUGAAGAUGAGCGCAACCAACGACAGGAGGACAUGGAAGUUGCUCGUCCCCGAGAUCGAGGUGUUGUCGUUGACACGUCGGGUCUGGACAAGGAGGCACUCGAUGAUUUUGAGGCCAUCUUUGGCCAUGGAGAAGACUACGAGUGGGCGCUUCAGGCUGAGGAGGACGAGCAGGAGCGCCAACGCGAGGAGGAGAAUCUUGAGAUCAAGGACAUCUUUGAGCCCGCGCAGCUUCAGGACAAGCUUCUCACUGACGAGGACAACGAGAUCCGCUUCACCGACGAGCCCGAGCGGUUCCAGCUCGAGCGAAGGCCCUUCAAGGAUCUGCAGCUGACGCCGGAGCAGUUCAAGGAGGAGGCACGCUGGAUCAGCAAAAUGAUCUGGCCAAAGAAGCAGCUUGGGCUCGAUUUCAGACCCCCUUUCAACAAGGCGGUUGCCAAGGUUCUCGAGUUCUUUGUUGUGGAUGAAGUCGAAGUGCCCUUCGUGUUCAGCCAUCGCAAAGAUUACAUUAUCUACAUGCAAAGGCAGGAAUACGAGCGGAACGCGAGCGAUUCCGACGGCGCACCCGAGAAGCUGCUCCUACAGGACGAUUUAUGGCGCAUCCUCGAACUCGAUAUUAAAUUCCGGUCGCUGAUCGAGAAACGGAACGUGCUCGAAAAGACGUACAAGAACCUGAAGACCAGCGCCGGAGUCUCUGAUCCCAUUUUCGAUGAGAUGGUAUUCAAAGCUGAGACGAUGGAGGAGCUCCAGGACGUGCACGACUAUAUGCAAUUCCAAUAUGCCUCUCAGAUGAAGGAGCUCGCAGCCGCGGGCGCUAUCACCAAGGAAGUGAGGCGCCCGGGAGCAAAGUCUACGAGUGGCUUCGAACGUAUCCGCAACGCCAACGCGUACAACUUCGUCAAGGCCUACGGAAUACCCCCUGAUCGCUUGGCUCAGAAUGCUCUCAGGGAAGGCAAGAAGGUGAUCCCGGAAGACCCGGAGAAGCUGCCCAUCGAGCUGGCCGAUAGCCUAUGCGACUCGUAUUUUGACACUGGCGACGGCGUUAUGAAUGCGGCCCGCAACAUGUACGCCGAGGAGCUCUACCAAAAUCCCAGGAUGCGCCGACACUUCAGGGUCGCCUACUACGCCAUGGGGUCGGUCAGCUGUCGGCGUACAGAGAAGGGCCUCAGGAGGAUCGAUGAGUCCCACCCCUUCUACGAAAUCAAGUAUCUGCUGGACCAGACCAUCGAGGAUCUUGUGGGGCGGCCCGAGGUGUUCCUCAAGAUGAUGAAGGCCGAGGAGGAAGGGCUGGUGGAGGUCAAGCUCACUCUGCACCAGGAGCGCGAGUUUCGCAAGAACCUUCUUGCCGAGUUCCAAUCGGACAACUUCAGCGAGAGGGCGGAUGCCUGGAACGAGGAGCGGCGCAAGGCCCUCGAUGUCGCAUUCCCGAAGCUUGAGAAGAUCAUUGCCAAGGGGGUCAAAGAUUCGCUUCGGACGGCCUGCCAGGAGGACCUCCUGCAGAUCUGCCGGACCGAGUUCUUCAGAAGGAUAGACCAGGCGCCUUACAAACCCAAGGGCCUCGUCCUGGGAACAACUCCACGAUGCCUGGUCAUCUCGAACGGCAUGGCCGACCCCAACCGAGACCUCCUCUGUUGGGCCUACGUCGAGGAGAACGACCGAGUGAUGGAGCAAGGAAAAUUCGGCAGUCUGGGCCGCGACGAAGCAGCCCGCAACGCAUUCUGUGAGCUUGUCGAGCGUCGCCGCCCUGACGUGAUUGGAGUGAGUGGCUGGUCAGCCGACACAAACCGUCUUGUGCGGGACCUGGAAACCCUGAUCAACGACCGGGGCUUGAUGGGCAACGAGUUUGAAGACCCGGAGACGGAGGAGGUGCGCACCGAGCUGCUCGAGGUCCUCGUUGUGAAUGACGAGGUGGCAAGGCUGUACAAGGACAGCCCCAGGGCUGUGGCCGACCACCCGACGCUGAACCCUGUGACGCGCUACUGCAUCGCCCUGGGACGUUAUCUGCAGAACCCACUCAAGGAGUACGCCAACCUGGGCAAGGACAUCACGUCGCUGGCCAUCCACCCUUGCCAGAAUCUGCUUCCUCAAGACAAGCUGUUCAAGGUAUUCGAGACGGCGCUCGUUGACGUUGUCAACCUGGUGGGUGUUGAUAUAAACGAGGCUGUGAACGACCCAUACACAGCAACUCUGUUGCCAUAUGUCGCCGGCCUAGGUCCCCGCAAAGCUACAGCUGUCAUCAAGGCGAUUCACAAGAAUGGCGGCAUCGUCAGCUCGCGCGCCGAGCUUGUGGGCGACCCAGACAGAGGCAAAGUCCCCGUGGUCGGGCCCCACGUGUGGAACAAUUGCGUUAGCUCCCUCAUCAUCGACUACGACGCGACGAACGAGGCAUCCGACCCUCUCGAUAGUACUCGUGUGCACCCGGAGGACUAUGAGCUGGGCAGGAAGAUGGCGGCAGAUGCUCUCGAGCUCGACGAAGAGGAUGUCCGAACUGCUGUUGAGGACAACGGGCCGGGCGCGGUGGUGCGUAUGCUCUUCAAGGAGGACAGCCAAGAGAAGGUGAACGAGCUGGUCCUGGAGGAAUACGCGGAGCAGCUGGAAGCCAAGUACCACCAACGCAAGCGCGCCACUCUCUACACCAUCCGCAGCGAGCUGCUGGGGCCAUACGAGGAGCUUCGCCGCCACUUCAUCACUCUUUCGCCCGACGAGAUAUUCACCAUGUUCACGGGUGAGACCAAGGAUUCGCUGUGCAAGGGCAUGAUCGUGCCGAUCAACGUCCGCGUCGUCAAGGAGGAAUUCGCAAUCGUCAAGCUCGACUGCGGCAUAGAGGGUCGGAUCGAGGCGCACGAGGUGUCAACACGACACUCGGUGCGAGAGAUACUCCAAGUUGGCCAGACGACGCGCGCCAAAGUGCUCGAUAUCAGCCGAAAGGACUUCAUGUGCAGACUCUCGGUCAGGGAGGAUAUGCUCCAGGUUCCGUUCCGCAGGCACCAGGACUACAACAGCCGCAACUGGGACUUUAGGUUGGAGACGCAGGACACGGAAGACAUGACGGAGAAGGACAACGGCACGGGUCGCGCCCAGCGUGUCAUCAAACACCCCAUGUUCAAGCCAUUCAACUCGACCCAGGCCGAGGAGUACCUUGGCUCGCAGCCAUCGGGAGAGGUGGUGGUCCGGUCAUCGUCCAAGGGCAACGACCAUCUUGCCGUGACGUGGAAGGUGGCGGACAAUGUGUACCAGCACGUCGAUGUGCUGGAGCUCGACAAGGAAAACGAGUUCUCGGUGGGCAGGACCCUCAAGGUGGCCAACAAGUACACUUACUCGGACCUUGACGAGUUGAUUGUGGACCACAUCAAGGCCAUGUCGAAGAAGGUGGAUGAGCUCAUGCGGCAUGAGAAGUUCCAGAAGGGAUCCAGGUCUGACUUGGAGCGAUGGCUUACCACGUACAUGGAUGCCAAUCCGAACCGAUCGACGUAUGCGUUCUGUCUCGACACGAAACACCCCGGUUACUUUGUGCUUUGCUUCAAGGCGAGCCGGUCGUCGAGGAUAGGCUCGUGGAGCGUCCGCGUGAUCCCGCAGGCGUUUGAGAUGAUGGGUAACCAAUACCCGGAUGUGAGGGCGCUUUGCAAUGGGUUCAAGCUUCGAUGGCAGAGCGAGCAGCUCAAAAUGUCGUCGAUGCCCCACAGGGGCGGCAGGUAGAGUGGGGAAGGACUCGUGUCUCGCUCGCUAAUGAGCACUUGAUGGGCUAGUGGCAGUGAUUGGAGACAGGCAGCAGUUAUACUGUCUUGGCAGGGUGACGACGACAUGCGGAACCUCAUGCGAUGGUGGUAGAUAGUGGUAGCGGUGGCAGCCAAGGUUUGGCAGCACAGUUUUCUACGCCAAGUGCAAGACGUAUUACGAAAACAUGGCCUUUGCUCUUGGGGUCGGUAAUCUCGAUAGAUAUAACAGGCCAAGGCCAGAAUGGAAUAAGACUAGUCGUCGCGGGGGGUUCCUUGCUUAGUGGGAAGCCGGCCAUCGGGUGCCUACACAUACAUAGUAUCGCUAGUGCGCCGACGUGGACGUGGAUGUACUCUAGGCAGGGCAAAGAGCAUGAAUACGCAUUAAUUGGUUGGAAAGGA